AUGCCCGGCAAGAUCCAAGACCAGCGGCACGAAGCUCCGGGCACUGAGCUUCUGAUCGAUCAAGACUGCCUCGCCCGGCAUAAUUACAAACACGUCGACUAUGGACAGAAGCGAAUAUUGCUCGUCCCACAACCAUCACUCGAGAACCCCGAUGACCCAUUGGUCUGGCCGCGGUGGAAGAAAUGGCUCACUUUUGCAAAUGGCCUCGCAUACGCCUUCCUGGGAUCUGUCACCGGGCCUAUGAUGGCUGGAGGAAUGAUCCAGCUUGCCUCCUUCUUUGGACGGCCUCUUUCAGAUAUCACAUACAGUAAUGGAGCAACCUUGAUUUGCCAAGGCCUCGGGACUCUAUUUUGGCUACCCUUGGCAGUCAAACUCGGUCGCCGUCCUGUGUACCUCGCAUCAAACCUCCUGAUGGGCAUCGGCUGUGUCUGGCUGGCGAUUGCUUCUCAAAAGGGCUUUUCGUUGUUUCUUGUCGCCCGUGCUUUUCUCGGGCUAUCUGAAGCCCCCAUCGAAGCAAUAGUCCCCUGUACAAUAGCCGACAUAUUCUAUCUCCAUGAACGCGGCGAGAAGAUUGCUCUGUACGGAUUAGCCGUGCUUGGUGGCAACGAGCUUGGGCCGCUAGCAUCUGCAUACAUCAUCCAGUCGUUAGGCAUGCGAUGGGCCUUUGCCAUCGUCGCGAUGUUUAUCGCUGCCAGCCUCAUCACCAUGUUUUUCUUCAUGCCUGAAACAGCCUUUACCGGUCCUCGCCCUAAAAUCGUCCCUCUUAUUAUUGCCGAGGAGACAAAUACGGCCAAUGACUCCUCUGGCAAAUUAUCAAGUGAACAUGUUGAAGGAGUGCCUCCUCAUAUUCCUACAGCCGAACUGGAAUCGCGGUUAUCGGGCGUGAAGAAGAAAGGGUACAUGUCAGGACUCUUUCAAAUCAGUAUCAACCACGAUGUCAGUCUGUGGAAUGUAUUCCAACGUUCGUUUAUUUUGAUGAUUUAUCCGACUGUCCUCUGGGCGAGCCUCACCUAUGGCAUGAGUCUGAGCUGGAAUGUCAUUUUGGGCUGUCUCGUCGCCCAGCUGUUUUCAGUAACGCCCUACUCGUUUAACUCCGGUGCACAGGGGCUUAUUUUUCUCUCGCCACUUCUUGGCUCUCUGGUUGGCACAUAUCUUUGUGGCCCUCUUGCUGAUCGGACAGCCACAUGGUUCACAGUACAUAACCAAGGCAUCCGUGAGCCCGAAAUGCGUCUGCCUACCUGUAUUAUUGCCGCCAUCUUCACAUUCCUAGGAGCUCUCAUUUCUGGCCUUACCUACCAUUACAAAACCCACUGGAUUGGUCCUAUUGUUGGCUUUGGAGUGUUAUCUGCUGGCGCCCAGAUGGGAGCUACGCUCGCCAUUUCCUACAGCCUGGAUUGUCACAAGGAAUUUUCUGCGGAAAUCAUGGUCACUAUAUCCUGUCUCAAGUCUGGCGUAGCUUGGAUAUGGACAUGGUGUAUCAACAACUGGGUUUCUAGCAGCGGCCUCUUGCAGGUGUUUAUGAUCCUGGCAUCGAUCAAUAUGGGUGUAUAUAUGCUGGCGUUUGUAUUCCAUAUAUACGGGAAGAAGAUUCGCAUCUGGCUGCACAAGAAAGACUUUUUGCAUAGUCGAGCUUAG